AUGACGUCAUUGCCUUCUCUAUCGGUUCUCAACCUGCCUGAGCCCGUCAUGAAUCCCGUGGCCCAGACCCAGAAACAGACGGCUCCCCAUACCCAUUCGCACUUGACAUACACCCAUCUUCCUGUUCCCGUGGGCGGAUCUGGAGGGAAUGGUCUCUCUCAGUAUUCGUUUGACACGAAACCGGCGUCUGUCCCUGGUCACAACAUGACCAAGGUGGUCCACAACAUGACCAAGGUGACCCCAAACGUUGGCAAUGUCACCCACAACGUUGGCAAUGCCACUCACAACGUUGGCAAUGUCGCCCACAACACUGGCCAAGUUGUUAGCAACCCCAGUCAUAUCACCAACACGGUCAACCUCUAUCAAAUUCCCUACUCGGCACCAACUCCCCCCUCAAUGAACCCUCCAACUCCCACUCCCUCGGAGCUCCCUGCCAGUCCCGCGACUCAGCUCGAUAGCCCCGCCACCUCGCCACCCAUGGUAACUCUCUCUCAGCAUCAGCACCCCCAGCAGACGUAUCCUACGUCGGUACCUCACGCUCCGACCACAAUGCUGACUCCUCUAUACACUCCCGAGGCUUCGCGACGCAAUUCGACCGAAAAGGAGUACUUUGGGGUCUUGUCGCAAAACAUGCCCCAGAACAUGCCCCAGAACCUCCAUCUCCACCAGCAGCAUAUCCAACAACAGUUGCAACAGCAGCAGAUGCACCAGCAGCAACAACAGCAACAAUACUACCCCCAUGGCUAUCGACAAGCGUCCUUGUCACCGCCCCAGCACUACCACUGGGACAACCAGCCUCAAAUGGUGGGCCUGGCGCCCUCCCACGAGCUCAAGCAGAAGAUGCACAAGCGUCAGGUGCGAAAACGGACCAAGACGGGCUGUAUGACGUGCCGCAAGCGUCGCAUCAAGUGCGAUGAGGCCAAACCCUCCUGUUUCAAUUGCGCAAAGUCCAAGCGAGAUUGCAUGGGUUAUGCCCUGGUUCCCAUGUAG